CGGCCAACAGAUCGGCUGCUGUACGGGUGCUACUCGGGAGCUGCCGCCGCUGCUGCUGCUACUGGGCCGCCGCUACUGCCGCUGGUGCUCCGUCGUACACAUGUCGCCGCCGCCGUCGUCGUCGCCGUGACCGACUCGCGAACACGCGGUGCACUCGCGACGCCCUAUACACGCUCGCAAAAGCGGCGGUGGUGCCGCGGAGAGACGGUGACGGCGGUGAAAACAACACCACCACUACCAUCGUGACGACGACCGCCACCACCACCACCACCACCACCAGCACCACUGCGACCGCCACCGUGACCACCGUCAACACGGCAACCGUAGACGUCGGUGUGAUGCGUACCGCCGUCGACCGCGACCUCGGACAAACGUCACGCCGCGGAGUGGCCGGGGCCUGAUAUAACCGCGUGGCUCGAGAUACUAUGGAGUGAUGGCGAGGGAAGAAUCUCGAGGAAAAAGACCAUUUAAAAUAUGGGAUGGUUUUAGAAACAUAAGAAAAAGCUUGUUGGCCUCUAGCUUAAAAGACUUAGAGAUACGUGGCAAAGAGAAACUGAAUAUCGCGCCGAAUGAGCCCGUUAGAUUGGUACUCGAAACUGACGGUACACAAAUCGAAGAUUCCGAAUACUUCAAAACACUGCCAAACAACACUACUGUGUUAUUGCUCAGGAAUGAAGAGUACUGGUACCCAGCUGAAGUUGACGCCAUUAAAACAGCGAUUGCAGCAAUACCGAAAAUCGUCUGCGAAACGAUCCAUGCACUGGAGUUGCAAGACGAGACGCCUUCGUGGAAAAUAAUGGACAACAAAGGCCGGGUGACCGUUGUGUUGCACUGGGACCAACGUAACCAGACUUACCGCGGUUCUAGUAACACCGGCGGCGGCGGCGGCGGUGGUGGUAUGGACACGUCGCCGUCCAAGAAGAUGGCGGCACACCAACAGAACGGUGCCGGCGGUCUGCUGAUGGUGAACAACGGUUCGCUGAAGAGGGAACCCAACCAAGUGUUCCAGCAACAGCAGUCCACGCCGGCCGUCUAUCGACACGGUUCCGCGCCUCAGAUUACGGUCAUCCACCACGAUGCCAUACCGCCGAACGACGGUUCAAGUCAGCACUACCAGCAGCAUCCGCAGCCGCAGGUCCGCCGGCUAUCCAAGCAGGGCAGCAGUUCCAUGGACGCGGCGGCAAUCCACGUGCACACGUCCGAGUGCGCGCACUUCAUACCACCGCCGCCGUCGCACCACUCGAUGGCCAACGGCGGCGUCGGCUCACCACGUGCAGGCAGUCCGGCCCGCGGUCCGUCCGUCGUCGACGGGAUGCUUCCACCGCCGCCACUGCACAGCAUGCCAAUGCAGCACCAGGCCACGGCCGACCACCACGGGUUCGAGUGCGACUUCCACUGUUGCGCGCUGCAUGAAGAGGGCCGCCGGAUCGCCGUGCACAAGUCGGUGGCCACGUCGCCGAUACAGGAGUGCCACCACGCGCCACCGCCGCCCCUGCAGACGCAACAGCAACCGAUGCUGCAGCAACCGACGCAGCCACUGCAACCGCCGCCGUCCACCGGCCAGCCCGUGUCGUCCUCGCUAUCGGACGGAACGCGCCGCGCGUCGCCCAAGGGCCACGUCCGAUUCCUGGACCCGGCCGGGUCGCCACCGAUGCCGCCUCCGCCGUUGCUGCCACCGUCGCCUCCAGCGUCGCCAGCGCGCCGGCAGCAACCACCACCGCCAUUGCAGACUCUGCCUCCGCCACUGCAGCUGCAGCACCGGUCCGACAGCUCCGAUUCCGAGACGGAAACCACCGUCAUCGAAGACGACUCGAUGACCAGCGAGAAGUUCCUGUUGCUCAUUGACCAGCUGGUCGACAAACAGGAUAGGCACCUGACAGUCAAGGACAUCGGCAUCAUACUAGAGCGGCUCAAUUCGAAAAUCGUGGACGUCGAGCGGCUUGACCGUGACUACGAGGCCACGGACUGCUACAACUGGACCAUCAAGGCGACCAUCAGGGGUGACGUGCUCCAGGAGUACGGCAUCAUAUACAAUGGCAACUACUACGGCAUAUCCGAACACCCGGGAUACCGACAAAACGACGAGGAGCUGCCCAACGAGGACGACGAGGAAGUGCUAGACGACGACGAUGAAGGUGACGACGGUGGCGGUGCCGGCACAUCAGCCGCAGCCAGCGGCGGUGGAGCCACUAGAGAGGUUGAGAUCCGCUUGCACAGACGUCGUGUCGACGAAGAGGUUAACAUUUAAAUAUAUAUAUACUAUUUAUGAUCACACGUUGUUACACGCACAGGUGCCCGCACAACACACACACACACACACACACACACACACACACACACACACACACACAUAGGUUUGACUUGGCGAUAACAUGCUAGGGGGUGCAGAAAUUAAAUAUUUUGAAAAUAGGAAUGUGAAUCGAAGAAACUGCCAUCGAUAAGACUAAAUUGCAUUGGAAUAACUAAUAAUUAGUAAUACAAAUAACAGAUACAAUUGUGAAUUAUUAUUUUGCCACCAAUUUCUCACGUCCUGGUCCUCUGAUGUGGCGAGGUAUCAUUUCGUCCCCUCGAAUAAUACCCGGGUGCAAUUGUACCUUCACGCCUCUCCUCCCCGAAUGUCACCAGUGCAUGCGCGCGCAGACAGGCACACAAACACACACAAACACACACACGUAUACACACAAACACACGCAUAGACAAACACACACACAGUGUACAUAUUACCGUGCCAUGACGGAUAUUUGUUGUUUGACCUCCCGAGGUUAGAGUUAUGAAAAUCAUGGGGAAAAUAUAAUAUGACGUGUGACAAGAAAUUAUUAUUUUUCUUUUCUCUCAACAGUGCCAAUGAACGCGCCUGACUAUAUUUAUUAUUAUUAUAAAUUAUUAUAAUUAUUAUUAUUAUUAUUAUAAAUUUUUAUAAUAAUUAUUAUUAUUGUAAAUUAUUAUAACUAUUAUUAUUAUUAUUAUUCGUAAUCCUCCUAACUCCGAACCAGCCAUAACUAUACUACACGAUAAUCGUUUUACUACGUGAUGAUAACGAUAUUACUAUGUGUGCCUACGCGGUGUAUUAUUAUUACUGUUAUUGUUUUUUAUGCUGUUAUGCGCCUGUUGAGCGCCAAACAAUAUUUUCACGUGUUACCUGUCGCAGUAGGUUUGCCGCCUUAUAGCAUAACAUACCACCUCAGACACGCGACAGGUUUCGUUUCUUGUGUCCAAUAAUGAUAAUAAUAAUAAUAAUAUGUUAUUUUUUUUUUUCCAUUAUUACUUACCACCGUCGUGACUGCCACAAUAUACAUAUUAUUAUUGUAUGCGUCUACACACACACACACACACUCACACACAUUUACCGAGUCGUAAAAGUUUUAUUUGUAGGAGAAAAAAAAACAACAAAACCGUUUGACUAAACGUCUAACCCGAGGUAUUUUUCGAUACCGACAUACACGCUCUGUCAGUGUCCUUUUUAAAAAAGACAGUUCCAGCUUAGGGGUUUUCGUUUGUUUAGAUGAAACAUAAUAAUAUAGAGAAGUAUAUUGCGUACUCCGCAUUUAAUAUAAAAAUUAUCUUUUUCCGACAUUUACCUAUACGCACUAACUAAACGUCGUAGUUUAUGCGUAUACCAUCAUCAUUAUUAUUACUAUGAUUAUUAUUAUUAUCACAGGUAAUAUUAUAAUUAUUGUUUAUAUGUAUCAUUAUUAUGAUGAUAAGUAUUUUUUUUAUUAUUUUUUUUUAUGAUGAUUAUUAUUAUUACUAUUAAGGAUUAUUAUUAUUAUUAUUAUUAAAUAUAAUAUAUUACAAUAUAUUAUAAUUGUUAUUGCUGCAAACUGUACAGAAGCCUUAUUUUUGAAGACAUAUAAAUACUAUUUGUUAUUUUGUAUCCUUUCAAAAAAAAAGGCUACGCAGUUUUCCAAAUGUCACGUAACAAAAGUGAUACAAAUUAGGUCAUUGUGUUCAAUAUACAAUUUUAGUACCUAUUUGAAAGACAAUGUUUAAAUGCCAAAAACAACCUAAAUCUUAGGUUUGUAUUUAAUUUGUAAAUGGUGAUAUUUUCUGAGAAGAUGCAAAAUUAUAUUUUGAUUCUUAAGAAUAUUUGAAAUUGGUAUACGAAAAAUUGGCAAAAUGAAAAUAGAAAUCAGUUAUAAAACAAUGCAACCAAUAUAGACGAAAAACAAUUCGAUUUGUAUUAAUUAUUAUUAUUAUUUUCAACGGUCAUACUCAUAAUGCCGUUUCACUUGGCUAGGUUAUUUAUUUGAGAUACCCAAGCAACGUAAGCAGUCGCCUAGCUAAAGCUGCGUAUUUUUUUCUUAUUAACAGUGUUUAAAAUGUUAGUAAUUUUUUUUUAACCAUAAUGGCAGAAUAUAAUAAUUUAAUGUAGUAGACGAACAAAAAGUUUUUAAAGAAUUAAUAAAAUAGCAACAAAAAUACCAUCUAUGGUAAUUAUUGUAUUUUAUAUAGUUUUAACUGGAUCAUCUUGUGAACUUCAAGCUAACUGUUUCGUUUGUUCAACUCAUUCUUUUGAUUCAAAUUUUGUUAUCUUGGGUACAUCGGAAUGUUUGUCAGAAGAAUCUGUGUUUAAUUCAGUAGUUGUGUACACUCUUGUAUUAAUGCUAUGUAUUUGAAAUUGUUCGGCAGCAUAUUUGCUUACGAUAUUUAUAUUAUUUUCUAAUAAAUCCACCAUGCUUAAAAUUCUCUAUUUAAAAAUAAUAUAUUUUAUUUCGUAUCUCAAAGAUAUUUGAAUAAGAAAAUACUUAUAAAUGCAUUUAUAAUAAUAUAAUGGUUAUUAAUAGAUUCACCUACGUACGUGGUACGACAGUCAAAUAAUAUGUUUAAUUUUAUAAGACAGAAAUAAGGUAGGUAAAUAAACUAUUUUCGAAUAAAAAUUACUAUUGUUUGGAUAUUAACUACGUACCUACCUACCUACCUAAUACCUAUAGCUUAUUUCGCUAUUUUGGGUUUCAUUAUCUCUUUUAAAUUCUCAUUCAUUCGUUUAUGGUAAAAGUAAAGUUGAUCCCAAACGCACAAUAGGUCUUUUGACUUUGAGUAAAAUGUAAUUUUAUUACCAUACUAUGUUAUACUCUAGGUGUUGGUGUUUCUUAUGCCCAAAACACUAUUUUUCUCUGGUCAUACAAAAAUUAAAAAGUAAAAAGUAGAAAAUAUUAGGUAAUUUAUUAAUUAUUAUAUUUAUAAUUAUAUUACAAUAAUAUUGCAGGGACACAAUUUUGACAUUUAAACCAAUCCCGCUCAAAUCACAAUUUCAAUUUGAAUAUUAUCGAAUGUAAUUUAACAGUUUUGUUCCCCAUAGUUGGUUAAUGAUGGGAUUUUAAAUUAAAAAACAGAUUGAGGUCUAUGCUCAAUAUUGCAAACAUGUUAUUUCAUUGAAAAAUAAUAUGUAUUUUUUACAGUGAUACCGACGUUUCUCUGAACAAUAAAACAAUUAGGUAAUUUGACAUUCAUGGGCAGUUAUCUGUAUACGGUUUGGUGAACUGUAUAAACUGAGUAUAGGUAGGUACUUUGCGAGAAAAAAAAACGUUCCGCUGGCGUACAUUUAUGGCUUUGAAAAACGUUCAUUAUAAAUUAUAUAUAAUGAUAUUCCGUUAUAGUUUAUGCAUUAUUCCAUGCAUAAUAAUCAAGAACACCUAAAUAAUAUUCCAUGGCUCGAACAAAACUAUUUUUCAUUCCAAUGGUGAUAUUAUACCAUAAUCAUGAAUCAAGAUGGUUCUCAUUCGCCAUGUAUAAUAUAUUAUAUUAUUAUCAUCAACUCUAUCGAACUAGUAACUAAAUUAGUAAAAUAAUGUUAUUUAUACCUACUAAUGAUCUAUUAUAGCUGAGGCCUGAGACUAAGUGGGUAACCAUUCACACUCUAAAGUUAUACUAAAAUAUUAAUUCUGUUAAGUCAAAAUGGAUCUUAAGAAUUAUUAAUGGACACGCAAAUAUUAACCUAUAGAUAUUUUAUCCACAAAUCUAGUAGGUACUGCAGCUUUCUUUUUUUUAAAUGUACUUGUGGACUAUUCAUAUCAUAUUAUUACAAAAAUAUUAUAGGUUCAAAUUGAUUUUGAUAUUUUUUUUAAACAUGCCAUAAACGUUGAUUUUUAAAUUAAAGUAUGAAGUAAGAUUGUGCCAGUUGAAAUCUUUGUACCUAAGUAAAUAGUUACUAAUAGUUACCACACUCGGUAAUACUAUGUGUUAACAAAUUUCUAUCCAUUCGUCCUAUUCAAUAUUGAUCAAUGCAGAACAUAAAACAACAUACAAACGAUAAUUCAACUAAAUCUUGACAAAUUCGUAAACAUUAUGCUUCCUUUAUAGAACUUACACUGCAUUAACUUUAUACAGCCAUGAUGAUAUAUCACUAAUGAUGAGCUAAUCAUUUUUGCCAACAAUGUUUAUACAUUUUUUUUAAUCGAUUGUGUUCGAUUACAACACAUAGCCUUGUUUCAUAAUAAUUAUUUUGUGGAUUCCUUAUAUUAUAUGAUUAUGAAUUUAUGAAUUAAUAGUAAUUUUAAUUGCUGCAUCUCUUUACACAUCCCUUCAUCCAUGUAUAAAAAUGUCAUUACCACCUCUACAGUUUAAAAAUUAAUUAAUUGUAAAUGUCUUCCCUUAAUCUUAUAAAAUCCAGUGAUUUUCUUUCCAUUUAAUUUUAGACUUUUAAUCUUAUUUUUUAUUUCAGUCAUUAAAUUUUAUCUUGAAUAUUUUAAUAUUUAUUUUCUUAUCCUUUAAUAACAUAAUUUGUCACGAACAUAUUCUACAACUUGUCCUUAAACACAUUUUAUCGAAAGCCUGUCAUGAUGUUAAAUUUAAUUAGUAGGUAUAUAGGUAGAUUCUUAUAAUAACGCCACUUUUUUUUGAAAAUUUGAGUCAUUAACUCGAAGUUUAAGUCAGCUUCAGAAAUAUUAUAUACACAUUGUAACAUGCUACGUUUGGCGUGACGGCCAAAAAAUCUCAUUACAUGCCAAAUACCAACUCAUAAAAACAGGAAAUCGAUUUUUAUAGAUAUACCUACAAAAAAUUGCGUUAAAAGACUUCAACAGUAAUCUAGUAUAAUAUAAAUAUAAAGAUGGUAAACGAAUAAACACGAAAUACAGUGGCAUAAAAACAUGUAUCGAUACGCCUAUCGACGAAUAUCUACAUUAUUUAAAGUUUAUCGGUAUUAAAAAUCUGUAGAAUAUAAUAUUUUUGAGCAAAAAUGUCCAAAUUUAUAUGGCAUUUAAGACAUUUAGCUCAAGAAACGGAAUUUGCAACCAAGAUGUUUGUAAUUAUUUAUGCGUGACCUAAAUUUGAACAAUGUCUCUUUGAGCUAACGUAACUACUAAUGAAAGAGGUCUAAAUUUACUUUAAACUUGUUAUCAUCGCAGUUACCAAUAAACUAAUUUGAUUUAGUCGGUUUUAGGAUUAUUUAUUAUUUCUAUAAUUAUUACAGUGAAUAUAUUAUAUAUAAAUACAAAAUAGAUUAGAUUUUGCUAAUAUUGUAUACCUAAUGUUUAAAUAUAUUAUUAUUAUAUAUUAUAUAAUUUUGUUGAAAAAAAUGUUGUAACGUUAAAUUUAAUUAUUAUUAUAAUCUAUGGACUAAGGUAAUUGUUUAGCAAACUAAAUUUUGUUUUAAAAUAUUAUUAAAUUAUUUAAUUAAUAUGAUUGUUAAUAGUUAUUAUAGCAGUGGUUUUAUACAUACAUAUUAUACAUAGUGCCGUGGCCCGGAUUUUUUUUUGGGAAGGGCUUCAAUACAUUCAAUGGCCAGAAAAAUGUUUAUUCAAUUCAUUGUUUGAAAAAGAUAAUGGUCCUCAGACAUUGUGGAGGGGGGGGAUUAAGCCUGUUUUAGUCACCCCCCCUGGCUACGGUACUGUAUAUAGUAUUAUUAAGUGAUAGGCAUAAACGAAAUGUUUAAUGUAUGUACUUCUAAUUAUCCAGCUCAUAAAUUCACUAUAUACAUUAUACUUGUGAAACAAUAGGUAUAUGUAUACAGUGAUUUGGUUGGUUCGUCGAUUAUAUGCACAAUGCGCUACACUGCCUAUUUUUUAAUUUUUUUGUGUUGUUGUUUUAUACGACAGGAAUUCGUUGUUAUGUUUCGUUUAAUUAUUUUAUGUACAACAGUAUACAUAUAUACAACAGUAUUAUACAUAUUAUAUAUAUAUAUAAUAUAUAAUGUACAUGUAUAUAAUAUGAUGAAUAUUAUAUUAUAUUAUUACUAUAUAGAUAUGAUUUUAUUAUUAUUAUUAUUAUUAUAAUUAUUAUAUAAUACAUUAAUUUUAUUAUAAUAUUUAAAUAUAAAAAGAAUCAGUUAUACAUAAUGACAGAUUAUUAUACAUUAAAACGUGUACACUUAUAAUAAAUUAUAAUAUUAUAGUUUGAUGUAAUAACAAAAUAUACCACUAGUACUUUCCUAUGCUACGAAAAAAUGUACGGGCAAUCUGUUUUAGAUUUUGUUGUUGAUAAAAUAUAAGAAGAAACAUUUUUGCUUGAUAAAUUUAAUAC